AUGACCGAGCCCAGCAAAAAAGAGUUGGCACAGAGUGGGGUGGUGUGCCGCUACCUCUGUCAAGCUGAGCCACAGUGCAGGCACUGGACAUUUGUCAUCCCUGGCUCCCAUGAUCCAGACAGUGGUGGACCAUGUUUGAUGUACAAUUCUUCCCAUGCAAGCAGUCCGUGGAAGCAGGAGCCCGAACAAGAAUCCAAAGUAGUCUCAGGCUUGCGGUUUUGCAAGCCAGAAGAGCACCAUGACCUGCUUGUGAGCAGAAAGACCCUCACGGACGAGUCCGAGCUGCCAAUAUUCUCAAGCGCAGAGAAUGCUGCAGGAGCAGCUCAGGCGAUUUUGAGUGAAGGUUGGGCAGUACUGCGAGGAGCCUUAAGCGAUCCACUACUAACAGCCUUGAGAGAAGCUUGCAGCAGGGCAGCCUUGGACUUAUUGGCACGCGACCCGCAGCGUGUGGGGAACAGAGGGCCUCGCAGAUAUUCCUGGGGAGGAGCUUCCACAUCGCACCAUAUGGUACACCUCACGCCAUGGGCUCAACUUCUUGAUGUGGACUCUGUAGUCAAGGUGCUGGAAGCCCUUUUUGGUGAGUAUGUGGCCAUUGGUGGUGGAGGUGAUUUCGUUCUCGGUGAGACCGACACACAUCAACGCCUGCAUGUGGAUUUGCAGCUUGAGGCCAUGUAUGCAUCUCCAGCCCCUGCGGCGCUGGUGGCCAACUUUGUCGUCUCGGACAUUUCAUGCCAAGAUGGGCCUGUAAGGUUGGUGCCCAAGACUCAGCAGAUGCCUUUGGCCAGCCAACUGAGUAAGGACUGGGGAUAUGCCACACACCUCCAGAAGGAGAGCUACAUCCUCUCUCACGCCAACCUCAGCUAUGUUUUCGCAUGCCCUUUGAAGCCGGGCGAUGUCCUUCUCCGUGAUAUGAGACUUUGGCAUGGCGGAUCCCCCAACCUGGGUGCUGAUCCUCGGUAUUUGCCCUCGGCGGAGUUCCUCUCCAGACACUAUGCCGAGGCCACACGUGCGGUGCCAGAGGAUCACUUCAGCCCGCGCAAAGCGUUGCCCUUUGCCCUUUGGCUGCGGCUCUCGGAGCCCACGCGGCGCCGGGCGCGCGAGAUCCUGGCCGCGCCGGAGCGCGUGGAGGCAGAGCGGAAGGACUUCCUUCUGAUGUUGCCUUACGUGGCGGAAGAGCGGCCAUAA